GUUUCUCUGACCCCGUCUCUGCCUGUCGCAUCGUCCUGAAGUUCGGAUCCCGGCGAACUUCACGUUUAGGUGGGCACUCGUCGACGGUUCUACAUGAAAAAUGUCUUCGGUGCGAAGGGGAACGUCGUUGCCAGUGCCAAGGGGGCAAUUCUGGACAUGUGUUUGUUCGAGGGGUUCAGAGCGGGUGCUGCGAACACCCCGUUCUACAACGACCUCCGGCGGCGGGGCGGGUUUGUUUUGGGUCGAGAGUUCUUUGAGUUGUUGGAGGACAAGAACAUCGCCCUCGACGUCCCUUGCGAAGUUGGUCCCGACCUCGAACUGUCAAUGCCUUUGCAGUUGUGCGGCGGUUGURARUCKAGCGGGGCAGCGGGGGAGGGGGGGGAUCUGGGUUCCGGGGAGGCUACACAUGUGCAGCGGGAGGAUGCCAGAGGUCAGUUUGACGACAGCGAAGAUGAGGCGACACCGCACCCGCCGUUUUCACCAUCGAGGGAAAGAGACAGGUCCGUGCUAUCCAUACCUAGGAAGACCAAGGCCCCGAAGACUGCGGGAGAGAAACGGAAGGGGAGGGGGGUGGACGAGGACCACCGGGGUAACAAACGUCCGGCUUCGAAACAGAAACAGCCUGCGUCGGGACCUUCUACCCCACGGCCUGCCAUCGACGUGGACGCCGGGUACUUCCUAGAGUACAAAGACGGCGUCAGGACAAGGCGGGAGUUUGAGAUCAGCCCGGCUCAGAUCGUCGACAUAGGGGAGUGGGAGGAUCUUUACAACCAGCGGUCGCUGGAUCCCGUCCUCGUGGAAAUGAUAAGGGAAGCAAUGCGGUCUGCGUUCGAAAAUAAAGAACAGACGUACGAGUUAUCGAUCUUCAAGCUCGCACCACUGGGCCUUCAAAAACCAACUCCUGGGACCAAGUCACAACGUCUGAAGCCGGAGGAGUGGAAGGACGAGCUGGCGGGAGAAUACUACUACUACGCGGUGUGUGGGCAGCAUAAUGCGGCUGCAGCCAGGUCACUGCUAGGCAGCGAGGUGGCCAAGAAGUACAAUUUCGAGCGGUGGCCGACACGGAUGGUCUACUUUUCUGACGACGACUUCGAAGGGUAUUUUCUUCUUAGUUCACAGGACAACAAGAAGGACCUCAAGGCACCUCCCAGACAGUUGAAACUUUCUAUGAAAGACAUCCGGUGGCAGUGGAAGCAUGACGGCUGCCCAAGAGCUGUGAUGGGGAACCCUAGCGGAAAACAAGAUCAGGUCCGGGAUUGGCGUAAGUUUUGUACAACGGCGCUCCAUAAGGCGCCUCAAAACAGCUUGUGGCUUCUCGCGGAUCAAAAGGAAGAGGAGGCCAUUAAGAAGCAAAAUGCUGCCCUGCGUUCUUACUUCCCUCUCGCGAUGGCCGGGGAAAAUGUCGGAUCCCCGUCAUUGGCGAAGUUGGGAAAACUCAGCGUGCAGGACAUGGUGCAAUUGGUGAAGUGUGACCGCGUGUUGGUCCAGAUGUGGAAUUACUACCAAUUCAAGCACGAGAAGAGGCCGGACGCGGACUGGAUCCAAAGGUACCCUUUCCUGAAAUCGAGGUCUGCCGUGUUCAAGAAGUUUGAAGGUCAGGGAUUGGAUGACGAGUUGUGGGAUAACAGCAGGAAACACGUUUUCGACUCGGCGUUGUUCAAGGACUGCCCGUCGUACAUGGGUUGCGACCAGGACUACUCGAUUGAGGUGACGGAGAAGUUGGCGGGCCACAAGAAGUUGUCCAUCGACUGGAGAAACAAGGUCCUCUCCGUGUUGAAUGGAAGCAGACUGAAGAGCCGGGAAGUUGCACUUGUCAAAGACAUUGUUCACAUUAAAUGGAAAGACACGGGGGACGUGACAUCCAUCGCGCCGUUCGCCAACGACCCUUUAGAGGCGGACAUCAGGGGCUCAGAGCUGAAGGAGACAGUGACUGUCACAAUGAGCCACACGUUCGUCCUCGAUCUGUGCGAGCCGGUUGACCUCAAACUGUGGAAGCCCCAAGCGUGGGAGACUUCGAAUUCCUAUCUUCAGACGUGGUGUCCCUCGCAUUGGACUCUCGUUGUUUUCGUGCCGCGGCAGCACAACCUGUCGUUUUUCGCCAGCAUGCACCAUCUUUCUUUCGUCAAGCUGUUGGAAGGGAAGUGGGUGCGGAGAGUGCAGCAAAAAAAAAGCUUCCCCGUUGGGAACAAUUUGUAUACGGAGGAAGACCGCAUGUACAUCCUCUUUAAGGGUGACGAUCUGCGCGUCAACAUGUACAUGGUCUACGAGGGAAACCUGCCCAGGGGUGUCGCUGUUGCGGUGCGAUUGCCUCAGAGGGUCACCCAAACGGAUGUGUCCGAGAUUCCUUUCACGCCUUGCGACUGGUCGCUGGUGGCGCCGGAACGACAGGGCAGCGUCUACGGGGAUAUGGAACGCAAUUCGACACAAUUCGUCGGUCUUCUUGAUUUUUUUGGCAAAAAAGGAGAGGGUGUCAUGUUCCUUGGGAAACCGCACGCGCGAAGCGUCUGGGAGCUUCUGAAGGCCGGUCGGCACGUUGUUGCAAAGGAAGGGAACUCCGACCUCUUGCAAUUCACGAUGCAGGUGGUGAAAAGCGAGGUCAAUUCGGGUGGGCACAAUUGUGAGUUCAUGGUCGUGAGGCCAACACGGGAUAAGGUGUGGAGCAACAAGACGGAUAUGUGGUUCAAGUUGAGCGAGAGGAAGAGGAACAAGAUAUAUGAUUUCUUGUUCCUUCAAAUGCGUCCGAGGAGGGACACUGACGCCGAGUACGUCCGCCGGAAGGACCACAUGUUGGCACUGCUCAACAACUACCACUUCGCCUCCCGCAUGAACGCGAAGACGUUUAUCGAAAGGUUGCAGUCGCUGUACUUCGUGGAGUCCGAGGAGCAGUUGAAGUUAGCUAGUUACGCUUCCCUGAUCUCCACUUGUGACGAGGAAGCCAUAGGUGUGGAGUUUGCCGCCAACGUGAAGGAGGAGGAGAGCGACACGGAGAGCAUCGACCUGCAGUACGACCCGCCUCCGGCUCCGUCGAAGGGCGUGGUGGACUGGAAAGUGCCGCCUCCCAGUGGGUCGGACGAUGGUUCCGGGGGGGGGUGGUCACCUGGAAGCGGAGGGGAUGGGGGUGGCGGCGUGGGGGGUGGCAAAGGAAUCCCGUCUAUGGGGGAGAGAGGGUCUCACGGCCGCAACAUGACACCGGGAGGCAGCGCCGGGGUGGCGGGUUUUGCCAUCGGCCAGGCUCCGUCGACAGGCACCCGGCCCGAGCAUACGACACACUCCGCCGACCCCCCGACUUCGUCCAUGGGCUCAGCGAGGGAGACGUUGGCAGCCUUGGUUGCUCUGGGCAGUCGCUCGGGCGGAAAGCCGAAGUCCGCCGGGAUCCGAACUACGUCGGGUGAGGAGCCGCCAGAGCGGUCCGGAAUGCGAAGCUGCUCGGGGUCGGGGGAGCCAAGCAAGGAUCGAGAAAUUGGCAGCAUCGCGGCGCGGGACGGAGACGUCGGAAAGGUGUCGCCUGAGCGGGAGCGACGACUGCAAGGAUUGCAGCGGGAGGCUGCAAGUGCAAGGUCCGGCGACACGGAGACCACGAAGUCCGCCGAGAGCCAAACUUCUUCGAGCGGGGUUUGUCGGCCAAGGAUUGUCGUGCCGUUGAGAGGGGCAGCGUGCACGGGGACGGAAGGGCGGUCCUCAGGAUUCAGCGCGGGUACCACGGAAGGGGACGAGUUUCGUGGAAGGGACGUAGGGGAGAAAAUGGAGGAACAAAAGGGAGCGCAAGAAGGGGAGGAAGAAGGGGAAGAAGAGGUGAAAGGGGAGGAAGCGGGAGAAACGGAGCUAAUUGAUUUGUUUGAAGGAAGGGAGGGUGCCGGGUCUGGAGAAGACGAAGUGGAACACAAGCAUCACGAGGAUGAUGUCGACGACGAUGCCACGGCAAUAGAGAUGGAGACACAGGUGGUCAACAGCCUUUCCGCAGAGCCUGAAGAUUAUGCGGUCUGGCCACUAACCUCUGCUGUCGACUUGCAACACCGGUUCGAUGAGGCUUCCGUCGCUAUUAGCCCGUCUAAAACAAGUCGGCGUAUAAGCAUCGACGAAGUUAUCGAAGGUAUCCUCGGCGACCACAACGUGUCUGCCCGUCCGUCUGCAAUGCCUGGCGUCGACAAAACUGCCAACGUCGCAUCUUCCGUGGCAGCUGCCCUCGCAACGCCUGACGUCGACGAAACUGCCAACGUCGCAUCUUCCGUGACAGCUGCCCUCGCUUCGUCGCUGCCGAAGUCUCUCUAUUUCGGAUUGCAGCAAAAGAUCUCCUCACCCUCUUGCAUGUCGGCGGCAGGGUGAAUGAUGAGGUGGUCAAUUUCUAUAUGGCGUUGUUGGGGUCGACCGCAUGUGGGUCACGUGACAUCUCGUCAGGCUUUCAAGUCUUCAGUAAACUGCGACUUCAAGG